ACCCAUAGGAUUCCAGAGAUUCAAUCAAAUCGCCAAUGGAGAAGACAUCAAACGAAUCUAAUACUCGUAGAUUCAGAGUUUUGAUGUUCCCAUGGCUAGCUCAUGGCCACAUAUCUCCCUUCUUAGAACUAUCCAAGAGACUUGCCCAAAACAACUUCCAGAUCUACUUUUGUUCCACUGAGGUAAAUCUGAGUUUCAUCAAGAAAGAUAGAAACUUGGACGAGUACUUUUCCGAUCAUUCAAUAGAAUUAGUGCAACUUGAUUUGCCACACUUCCCUGAACUCCCUCCACACUAUCACACAACCAAAAACCUCCCACCCCACCUGCAUCUAACCCUCCAUGUUGCGUUUUACAUGGGAAAGACCAACUUCCAAAACAUCCUAAACAUUUUGCAGCCAGAUUUGCUAAUAUACGACAUGUUCCAAGCAUGGGCCUCGGAGCUGGCUUCACUUAUUCAUAUCCCAUCUGUUCUUUUCUUAUGCGGUGGAGCAGUUUUCUGGUCUUGGUCGUACUUUUACCAUGUCAUGAAUGAAGGAAACUCCGGUAUCGAUGGGACUUACCCUUUUCCUGCAAUUUUUCUCCGGGAUUAUGAAAUAAAGAAUUCGGCAGCAUGGUUCUUAGAAUUCAAGAAAAACGUUCCCGAAGAAGUUGUGCUGUCUAUGACUAAGAGCUUUGAAGUAUCUUCUGACAUUGUUUUGCUGAAAACCUGCAGAGAGAUUGACGGGAAAUACAUUGAUCACUUUUCUUCCUCUCGUGGGAAGAAGAUUUUAGCUGUAGGUCCUCUUAUUGAACUAAAACAUGAUGAUACCAAGAUGGAGGAGGAGACGGAAAGCAGUUCCCAUAUCAUUGAAUUUCUGAAUGGUAGAGAGGAAUCAUCAGUGGUUUAUGUUUCUUUUGGGAGCGAAUACUUUUUGUCCGAGGAAGAAAGGGAAGAGAUGGCAUACGGGCUGGAGCUGAGUAAUGCUAACUUCAUAUGGGUAGUCAGAUUCCCCGUGGGACAUGCCAUUGCCCUUGAAGAAGCUCUACCAGAAGGGUUUCUGGAGAGGGUGAAAGACAGAGGUGUGGUGGUGGAUGGAUGGGCACCGCAGGCUAAAAUUCUCGAGCAUCCAAGCACUGGUGGUUUUGUGAGCCAUUGCGGAUGGAGUUCUUUUAUGGAAAGCUUAUAUUAUGGGGUUCCAUUGUUAGCCUUGCCCAUGCUUUAUGAUCAGCCUCUCCAAGCUAGACUUGCGGUGGAGAUUGGUGUUGGCAUUGAGAUUUUGAGGGAUGAAGAUGGGCGGAUCAAGAGGGAAAAUGUUGCUAAAGUCAUAAAAGAGGUGGUCGUAGAGAAAAUAGAGCUGGGAGAAUCAGUGAAACAAAAGGCUAAGGAAUUGGGUCACAAGUUGAGGGAAGAAGGUGAAGGGCAGUUGCAUGAAGCAGUAGAGAAGCUCAAGAGUUUAUGCAGCAAGAACCAGUCGCAAGAACAGUGAAUCCAAGGAAUCCCAUGUAUCUCAAUAAUGUUUAUGCUGAACUAUUCUAUGCUAUGGAUGCGUAAAGAUUAUUUACAUUCAUGUGCGGAUGAUGUAUGCCAAAGAAAAAUGCCUAUCAUGGUCUUGAAAUUUCAUAAAAGUUAUGGUUUUUACAGCUCUUUUUUGUGAAAUAACUCGUGCAGCAUGCUGUUCUGAAA